GGGUUCGGUGUUACACCGCUCGAGCUGCGAGGGAUUAUGGGGAGGCACGUUUGAAAACCGUGGCUGUUUCCCUUGCCCCUCUCCCUUCCCCCCUCCCCCUUUCCUUCGGCGGGUCUAUUAAAAUGGCGCCUUAAGUAACGGAGUAGGCGAAGACGGGGCGGGGGAGAAGCGGCCCUCGGAAGUUGGGGUGGGGGACCGAUAGUGAGGGUGCACCUUCUCCCCUCCCCUCCCCUCCCCUCCGGCCGAUGCCAGGAUGGCGAGUCCGGACCAGAAGUCUCCCAACGUCCUCCUGCAGAACCUGUGCUGCCGCAUCCUGGGGAAAGGCGAAGCUGAUGUAGCCCAGCAGUUUCAGUAUGCUGUGCGGGUCAUUGGAAGCAAUUUUGCCCCUACUGUUGAAAGAGAUGAAUUUCUUGUAGCAGAAAAAAUUAAAAAAGAACUUGCGCGGCAAGGAAGGGAAGAAAGUGCUGCUGUAUUUUCAGAGCUGUACAGAAAACUUCAGUCACAGGGCGUUUUGAAAAACAGAUGGUCAAUUCUGUACCUCCUGCUCAGUCUCAGUGAAGAUCCACGUAAACAGUCAAAUAAGGUAUCAAAUUUUGCUACACUCUUUGCUCAAGCACUGCCGCGGGAUGCUCACUCGACUCCUUACUACUACGCCAGGCCUCAGACCCUUCCAUUGAAUUACCAGGACCGGAAUGCCCAGUCUGGCCCAAGCUCUGGCAGUAUGGGCAGCAGUGGGAUCAGCAGCUUAGGCAUGUAUGCCCCAAACGGGCCAGCACCAACUCCACAGUCAUUUCUUCCAGGACAAUCCUAUCAGCGUGCGGGAGUGGGUGAUUGCCUUCGGCAACAGCUGGGGGCACGGCUUGCUUGGAGUUUAACAGCAGGCCAGCCUACAUUACCAAAUUCUACCUCAAAAGGCAUUUCAAGCACUGUUUCACGUAAUCUACCAAGGUCAAGACGGGAAGGAGAUACAAGUGGCUCUGUUGAAAUAACUGAGGCUUAUCUUGUGAGAGAUAUUUUAUAUGUCUUCCAGGGGAUAGAUGGCAAAACUAUUAAAAUGGUCAAUUCAGAAAACUGUUACAAAAUAGAUGGAAAGGUGGGCCUUUCCAAGUCGCUCCGAGAUACUACUAGUCGGCUUGCCGAGUUGGGUUGGCUGCAUAAUAAAAUAAGGAAGUAUACUGACCAAAGGAGCAUGGAUUGUGCAUUUGGAUUAGUAGGUCAGAGUUUUUGUGCUGCCUUAAAUCAGGAACUCAAAGAAUAUUACAGAUUAUUAUCUGUUUUACACUCACAGUUGCAGGUAGAAGACGAUCAAGGUGUAAAUUUGGGGAUUGAAAGCAGUUUAACUCUUCGUCGCCUUUUAGUCUGGACAUAUGAUCCUAAGAUACGAUUGAAAACACUUGCUGCACUUGUUGAUCACUGUCAAGGAAGAAAAGGUGGUGAACUUGCAUCAGCUGUUCAUGCUUACAGUAAAACAGGUGACCCUUACAUGAGAUCCUUGGUGCAGCAUAUUCUUGGCCUUGUGUCCCAUCCUAUCUUGAAUUUUCUCUAUCGUUGGAUUUAUGAUGGUGAACUGGAAGAUACAUACCAUGAAUUCUUUGUAGCUUCAGAUCCCACAGUAAAAACAGAUCGGCUGUGGCAUGACAAAUACACAUUGAGAAAAUCAAUGAUUCCUUCUUUUAUUACGAUGGAUCAUUCAAGAAAGGUUCUCCUAAUAGGAAAAUCCAUAAAUUUCUUGCAUCAGGUUUGUCAUGACCAAAGUCCAUCAUCAAAGAUGAUAGCUGUGGCCAAAUCUACAGAAUCUCCAAAGGAUGCUGCUGAAAUGUUCACAGAUUUGGAAAAUGCAUUUCAGGGAAAAAUAGAUGCUGCCUAUUUUGAGACCAGCAAAUAUCUGUUAGAUGUCCUCAAUAGAAAGUACAAUUUGCUGGAGCACAUGCAGGCUAUGAGACGCUACUUACUUCUUGGUCAAGGAGAUUUUAUUAGGCACCUAAUGGAUUUGCUAAAGCCAGAGCUUGCAAGGCCAGCUACUACUUUGUAUCAGCAUAAUCUGACAGGAAUUCUUGAAACAGCUGUCAGGGCAACUAAUGCACAGUUUGAUAACCCUGAGAUUCUGAAGCGCUUGGAUGUCAGACUUCUGGAGGUGUCUCCUGGCGAUACAGGUUGGGAUGUUUUCAGCUUAGACUACCAUGUUGAUGGGCCAAUUGCAACAGUGUUUACACGAGAGUGUAUGAGCCAUUACCUGAGAGUGUUCAACUUCCUGUGGAGGGCAAAACGGAUGGAAUAUAUUCUGACAGACAUAUGGAAGGGACACAUGUGCAAUGCAAAGCUUCUUAAAAAUAUGCCAGAGCUUUCUGGGGUGCUGCAUCAGUGUCACGUUCUGGCAUCAGAAAUGAUCCAUUUCAUUCAUCAAAUGCAGUAUUACAUUACAUUUGAGGUGCUUGAGUGUUCUUGGGAUGAACUGUGGAACAAAGUUCAGCAGGCUCAAGAUCUGGAUCAUAUCAUUGCAGCUCAUGAGGUUUUUUUGGAUACAAUCAUAUCUCGCUGUUUGCUGGACACUGAGUCAAGAACACUUCUUAACCAACUUCGAGCUGUCUUUGAUCAGAUUCUUGAGUUUCAAAAUGCUCAAGAUUCAAUGUACCGAGCCGCCUUAGAAGAAUUACAGUUACGUUUGCAGUUUGAAGAACGGAAAAGGGAACGAGAACAUGAGGGUGAAUGGGGAGUGACCACUUCAGAACAGGAAGAAGAGAUGAAAAGGAUUAAAGAAUUUCAAGACUCCAUACCAAAACUGUGUUCACAGCUGCGGCUGCUAACCCACUUUUAUCAGGGCAUUGUGCAACAGUUCUUGGUGUUACUAACCACCAGUUCUGAUGAAAGCCUCCGAUUCCUUAGCUUUAGAUUGGAUUUCAAUGAACACUAUAAAGCCAGGGAACCCAGGCUUAGAAUAUCCUUGGGCACUAGAGGGAGACGUAAUUCACACAUAUAAACCUAUCUGUAAUGAAUGUAACCAAGAUCACAGAAUUAUAACUGUUGUUGGAUGUGGCAGUCAAGGUUGGCAUACAAAAACCAAAAGGCAUGUGGUAGGUGUUGUCAUUAUUGCAGGCAACCUGUUUUCAGUCAUGUGAUUGUGCAACACUAGUGCAGAAAGCAACAAGACUUAUUUUCUGUGUUUAAUGGUUGACACUGAUGAAUGGUUUUAUCACAUUGUUACAGAUUUAUUCUGUUAAUUCGUUAACAAAUCAAUAUAUUUUGCUUGAGGCUUUCGAUGCAUAUUCCAGUACAACUUUAUAUUUGUCUCUCACAACAUUGUAUCCACUUGCAGAAAGUAAACUUUAUUUAACAUUAAGCAAAAUUAUAAUUUCUUAUUUCAAUUUGGAAACCACUUUUAAUUAAAACCUGCCAUGUUAGGAUCUGUUCAGAAAAUCUGUGUCCAACCGUUUUUCAGUGUUGUGAUGUAAUUCACUGUGCAGGAAAAUGUCACUUAAAAUUGUACUCAUUAAUGUUUUCAGCAUUUUCAGAACAAUGGUUUAUUUUUUCAGAAAGUUUUUAACUGCUAUACAGAAAUAAAUAUUAGAGACAUAACAGGAGUAACAUAACAAAUAGUCUAAAAAUAAAAGUAAACCUCAGAGCUUUCCCAUAAUACAUCAUGUAAAUACUGGAUAGAUGUGAAUGAAGUAUUUUCUGUUCAAAUCUGAUGUAUUAGAAAUUAAUUUGGAUAAUGAAGACUACUUAUUUCUCUUUCCUUGCCUAUUUUUCCAUUGUAAAUAUUUAUAUAUUGCUGUCCAGAUGUUAAGGGAAAUUUUUUUUGUAAAGAAGUCACUAUAUCAAGUCAUUGAAUUAUUCAUUUGUUAUAUUCACAGGUAAAAUUUUAGAAAAUAAACACAAUUAUCUUUCAAACCAUUUUAUCUCUUUCUUCUACCUGAAAAGUGCCUGUCCUUGAUAAGGCAGAAUUAUAUAAUAAAGUUAGUUUUGUAUAUAUAAGGUCUGUUUCUUCAUCUUGUCUGAUAUCCUUAAAA